AGAGAAGACUGUGUGCGAAUCGAGUAUUGAAAAAUUGAAGUUCAUUUCUGGAGCACAAGUUUUUUUAGGCGUUGGUUUAGUUGUUUGCGCCGUAAUAGGGGAGAUACAAGAAGAUCAUUUUAAUAACUACUUUAUGUGUGGAUUUACAUCCGGAGUACCGGGUGCAGUAGCAGGCAUUGGUGGCAUAUUGACCGUUUACAAAGCAUCUUCUUAUAACUAUGAUCUUCGGAAAAAAUCCCUGUGUACAGAACGUUUACAACUGGUCUUUGGAUUUGCUAUAAUUAUGAACUCUUUCUUUGGAAUCUCGUUUAAUAUAUCAUUUCUGAAAAACGAUAAUGAUGAUAGCGUUAAUGACGUGUAUAUGACGCACGUCAUAUUGUCAGCAUGUAUUUUAUCAGGAAUUAUUCUUCUGCUACUAGUUACAUUCCUGUCAUAUAUUACAAUAUGCUAUCAACCCAAGGGCUACAAUCAGAGAAUUAAUUAUUCUUAUUAUCCAAACACGGUCGGAGGAACCCAGUAUCAUCAGGGCCAGUCUCCGUACGCUCAACAAGAUGUUUAUUCUACUGGAGGUUAUUACCCAGGUUCGAAUCCCCCACCGUAUACUCCGCCUCCACCAUAUUUCGGCAUUGGACAGAAUUCCACACAAUAUGGUGUCCAACCAACUUCUGUUCCGACAGCGCCAGCACAGCCAUAUUCAUACUACCCAUAAAUUGAAAAUGAAAUAACAAAAAUUAGAACAUUAAAAUUGUCAUCGAAAUAUUGAAAAGCGUUGAUCGAACUAUUUGUAGAAGUUUUUAGUCAUUAAAGAUGUCGUUUUUUCCGAAAGGAACCAAAUAUUUUUAACUGAACGAAACUUUAGAACGUUUGACUUGAUAAAAGAUUGGAUAUUACAACGUCAACUUCACAAGUGUCACUUUAUUUGUGCUCAUUUUGGAAGUAAUUCACAUAGUCGCAAACCAAAUUCAUCUCAUGUUAUGACACAUAUAAUGAAUAUUAUAAAACUUGUGUUACUAAAAAUCCUUGUUUGAAGUAUUUAAUUUUUGACUCAUUCAUAGUGUCCUUUCAUCGCUGUGCACCAUGUAAUGAUAUCAUUGUUAGAGUAACCACAAUAAUUAUUAUUAUAGGCUGAAUCUGAACUAACACGAGUAUUACUCUGAUUGGAGAGAGUUGCAACAAGUCAGGUUCCGUACUAGUGGUGGCAUUAUCGAUAAUGCCGUUGAAAUAUUUUGAUGUGUUAUGCCAGUUAAUGCGAGUUAUGUUAUACUCUGCCUCUUCACGAUCAAGUUACAGCAUCAGUAAAGACAAUGCAUGAAACUAAUAAAGAUGCUAUGAUCAGUUCCUAGGAAAUGGACUAGAAAAACUGUAAAUAUCAGUCGAAAGUAUAGAAUUGGAAAACUUUUAUGUAUUUUUGUCUGAUGAAGUAGUUCUGGAGAGUGUCUAUUUUUAUCGUUUGUAAAAUAUAACAUCAAAGAAACAAUCACGACAUCGUGAGGCUGUAUUUUUUAUAGUUUUAUAUUUAUAAUUGUUUAACUUUUUUAUGUUAUAUUAAUGUAGCAAGUUUUCACACAUUUUCUUUUUAUCCUGUAUUUAUGACUUUGUAUGGUAAUUCAUUCUAUCUGUUGCAAAUAGUAUUCAGUAUAUUUAUAAAAAAAGUGAUAUGAUUUUUUUCUUUGCUACUUGUAAAUUAAAUCUAUAGAUGAAACAUGCUGUUGAUGCAAUUUUUGAAAAUAGGAUCGUUAUUGUUUUUUUUUUUUU